AUGGGCCGCGGAAACAACCGGCCGCCCGGCCGGACUGACCGACUGGCCGUCGACAACAGCAUCCGAGCCGCCCGGGUCGGAGACGUGGUGAUGGUGCAAGGCCUCAGCCUGGACUACGACGAUGCCUAUCUGGUGGUGGAACACGUGCAUCGCUGCGCCGGUAGCGGCAUCGAGUGGCGCGAGAUAGUGGCCGCCGACGCCCGCCGGCAGGUGCGGCUGGAGUGGUCCGGUGACGGCGAUAACCUUUUCGUCACCGCGGCCGCAGACCCCCGGCCGAUGGGGCUGGACUCCAUCGGUUUGACCGAGGAUGACCUGAUCGCGCUGGACGAAGCGCACUCGAUCGACAACGGCGUAAUCAUUGAAGAACGGCGUUAUUCGUAUCGCAACAGCUUCGAAGCGAUUUACUACCGGGACAAUCAAAUGGACGAGGGUGAAGGCUUCUACAUGUGGGAGUUCGUGGCGGACGACGGGCAGGACAUGCUGGCAAUCACCAAGUUCGAGGGCAUUCCUUUUGAAGCCCACUUCAGCGACAUCAUCCAUCCGGAUGCUGUGGCGCUGUACCCGGGAGAGCGAUCAGAGACCCAACGACGAUACGACUGA